CUGAAGACAACACAUACCAUGGGAAGUUGUGUUUGUAAGGAUAAAAAUGGGUCUCCGCAAGUGAUAUCUACAUCAAGAAAUACUCGUAGUCCCCCAGAGAGGGCAUCUGAUGUAGAACCUGCAGGCUCUAAUUCAUCUAGUGGAGGAAUGAUGCCGCAUUCACAGAAGAAGUUUGCCAUGGCCUUGGUGCUUGACACUUUGUCUGUCAUACGGACAUUGAUUGAUAAUGAGACUGAACCUCCACACGCGAUGAUGACUCUGCACAAGAUCGCGGAGACCGAGAUGGGCUGGCUUGACGUGGCCCAGUCACUUAUACUGGCCAUACCCAUGGAUGCCCCGCUGGGACCUGCUGUGAUCACACUGCUUCUUGAUGAGUGCCCCCUGCCCACCAAGGAAGCCAUCGUAGAAUUACGCCGCAACCUUGGCCUUACCAAACAUGGACCGGCAUCUGCUUAUAAAAACCUACGCUGCCAAAGGAACAUGUGUGUCUUGCUUGGAUGUCUUGCUGAAAAACUUGCAGGUCCUAACAGCAUCACUUUGUUAUCUCAGGAAGUCUUGGACUACUUGAUCAACAAUUUGGGUAGAACAAAUGCAUAUGUCAUCAUUUUACAUUCAAUUGUGGCAUUGGAAAAAUUCUCGCAGACAAGCGAAAAUAAAGUGAUCAUAUCAAAAGCCUUAAAUGACGUUACACCAAAUCCCCUGGAGAGUCUUGAGAAACUCUGGGAAGAUGGCGACUUCUUGAAACGUGAGGUCGGAUUCUGUGCACGCUGGAGCCUGGACAACCUGUUUACCUCUGAAGUACGAGGAUACUCGUAUGAGAAAGAGGACGUGCGUAAUAUCAACGUCAUGCUGAACAGUCAAGAUGUCAGUGAAUAUCUCAAGAUAGCACCCAACGGACUGGAGGCUCGAUGUGAUGUGUCAUCGUUUGAGAGCGUACGUUGUACAUUCCAAGUGGAUUCUGGUGUCUGGUACUAUGAGGUAACCAUAGUGACAGCAGGGGUGAUGCAGAUUGGCUGGGCCACCAAGGACAGCAACUUUCUAAAUCAUGAAGGCUAUGGCAUCGGUGACGAUGAGUUUUCAAUCGCCUAUGAUGGGUGUCGUCAGAGGAUCUGGUACAGUGCCCACAGCCAGCCACACACACACCCCUGCUGGAAACCAGGUGACAUCCUGGGCUUACUGCUGGAGGUAGACAAUCAGUACAUCAUAUUCUCGCUCAAUGGAGUGCCACUGCCUCAGGAAAGGGAUCUCUUUCUGUGUGCACGAAGUGGCUUCUUUGCGGCAGCUAGUUUCAUGUCCUAUCAGCAGUGUGAGUUUAAUUUCGGCGCCAAACCAUUCCGGUUCCCACCGGUCGACCACAACUUUAAGUGCUUCAAUGACUACGGCAAUCUUCCACCAGAGGAGAAAAUCAUAGUGCCACGACACAAACGCCUGGAGUUGAUUCGAAACUUUAAAGUUCUAGAGGACGCAUGCACCCUGUGUUUUGAUAACCAGGCGUGUCUGUUACUGGAACCUUGUGGGCAUAGGGGUUUCUGUAACAUCUGUGCUCUGCAGCUGGAGACCUGCCCAAUAUGUCGUCAGGAAAUUGCAGAACGCAAAGAGGUGUACGUUGGUCCAAGACCUCACAUUACACCUUCUCAAACUAGUGACACUAAUGCUACUGUUGACUCAAAACGGACAGAACUGCUAGCCAAUGGAUAUAGUUCCAAAAACUCUGGUGAGUUCAUGGAAAAGCGGAAAUAUUUCACCACAGGGAAAUCAGACCGAAGUUCAAAAACAGAAAGUGUGGAUGAAUUCAAACCUGCAGAAGAAGCUGAAAUACCCGUUACGCACGAUAUCUCAAGAGAAACGAACCAGAGAGAUCUUCAAGGGAUAAAUAAUAAAUGUGAUAGUGAUGAUGAAGACAGUAAUCAAAGCUCAAGUGAAGACUGUUUUGAUGAUUCGUGAAAAAGGCAUGUGUUUUAAUAGAAAGCAUUUGUAACAAUAAUAUCGAGGCUUGAGUGUAACACUGAUGUGUCUGAUAAAGAAAUGUGUCUUGUUCUGAGAAAACUAGGCAUAAUGCAUGUGCGUAAAGUGUCGUCCCAGAUAAGCCUGUGCAGUCUGCACAGGCUAAUCAGGGACGACACAUUCCGCCUAAACUUGAUUUUUCGGUAAGGAGGGACUCCUUUGAAACUAAAAAUACCAUAAAAGCGGAAAGUGUCGUCCCUGAUUAGCCUGUGCAUACUGCACAGGCUAAUCUAGGUUGACACUUUACGCACAUACAUUAAGCCCAGUUUUCUCAGAACAUGACUCAAAUGUUAAUCAGAUAGGGCAAAUCCGUGGAUAUUUGGACUUCAAGCGAUCUUGGUGAAAUUCAUUUGUAGUUCAAUAUCUAUAGUAUUUCAUAAGUUACUUGAACUGAUAGAACCAUAUUUUAAAAGUGUAUGGUCGAAAAAUAGCAUGUCCGCUACGAGUUUGGUUUUAUUAAAGAAUGCAAACUAUAUAUAAUGUGACUGCUUAUUGGGUGUCAAAAUAAAGUUUGACCAUGUAAUGAAAGGGGCCUUUUCACAGAUUUUGGCAUUUUUUGAAGUUUGUCAUUAAAUGCUUUAUAUUGAUAAAUGUAAACAUUGGAUCUUGAAACUCCAGUAAAAAAUCAAGAAUAAAAUUUAAAAAAGGAAAAAAAAGAAGCCGGUACCAGGGCUCGAACCAGUGACCCCCGGAGUCCUGGAGUUAGUCUGAAGUAAAAACACAUUAGCCCUCUCAGCUAUUCCGCUGGGUAUACACAGGUUAAGUAUUUUAUACCUUAUACAUGUAUAAGCAAUCUUUGUAGUUUCGUAAAUUUAAACAACAACAACAGAACUCUCCAAAUUAUUCAAUCGUUUCGCGUUGCAACGCUUUAUAAUUUUUAGGUUUUCAAAUCGUCAAAAGAUACAUAUAAUGGCUAUAUUGGACUAUGGUAAAUGUUCAGUAAUACUGUUUCCUCACAAAUAUCAUAACUAAAACAAAAAUUUGCGAAUCUGAAACAACUUUUGUCAAUUUUGUCAAUUUACCAAACCGUGAAAAGAUCCCUUUAAAUAGAAAAACUCAGUACUGUCCAAACUUUAUCUAUAUUGUUCGACUAUUUGAUUUUUGGUUGCCUCAUUUGUGACGCAUUUGUAUUAAUUUUAAUUUAAUUAAGCAAUAUAAAAACAACAAUGAUUUCCUUAACACGUCAUGAUUGCUCUAGGAUUUACUACAGAGCUAAGCGAAGCCUCUUGACAUUUAGAGUCAAUGUUGAUUUGUCUGAGCUUUUAAUGGAUUCACCAUACAACAGUUUCACCAGCAAGCCUUAAAGACUUCAUAUGAUAAAAUAGCAUUUUUACCAUGGGGUCGCAUUGUACGACUUCAUUUGUACGAAAUGAGCCGCGCUCUGUGAAAAUGCAUGUGCAUUAAGUGUCAUACCAGAAAAGCCUGUGCAGUUUGCACAGGCUAAUCAGGGACGUUACUUUCCGCUUUUGUGAUAUUUUUAUUUGAACAAAGUCUCUUUUUAGCAAAAAUCCAGUUUAGGCAGAAAGUGUCAUCCUUGAUUAGCCUGUGCUGACUGCACAGGCUUUCUUUGAUGACACUUUUGCACAUGCAUUAAACCCCCUUUUCAAAGAGCGCAUCUCAUAUAUUUUCAUAAAUCAGAGCACUGCUAGAGAUUCAUACCACUUUUUAAUGUAUAACAUUUUGUAUCAGAAUUUAUUUGUGAGGUUAUCAUACAUUUUUCAGUGGAUCAUUAUUUUAACAUGUUCAGUUUAAUAGUGGUUCUUCAUUAUAAGUGGAUAUGCAUUUACAUCAGUGCUCAUUGCUACCGCACAGUGCUGUUUACAAAUCUAUUGUAAAGCUUUACAAAAUGAAAUUGAAAUCUUAUUUAACAAACAUUAGUGGAACUUUGUACAAUUGUGUUUCAAUUCAUGGUCCUUUUGUUGAUAUGCUGUUUUAAGUUACGAGUCAUACAACUGUUGCUGCUAAGAUCUAGCAUGAACAGUAAGUGAGGCUUUCCAUAUUGCUUCUGGUCUAUAUAUGUGUUAGAUUCAUUUGUUUUCGUUGAAAUGAAAUUUCUUGGAUUCAUAAAAUCUUGCAUUUUUGUUUGAUCUGAACUUUAUGGACAUUUUUAUGCACCCAAAGGGCAGCAUAUAGUUUUAGAACUGUCCGUCAGUCCAUCCGUCAGUCCGUCCGUCCGAAAACUUUAACAUGGCCCAAAACUUUUCCAAUAUUGAAGAUAGCAACUUGAUAUUUAGCAUGCAUAUGUAUCUCAUGGAGCUGCACGUUUUGAGUGGUGAAAGGUCAUGGUCAAGGUCAUUCUUCAAGGUAAAAGGUUAAAUAUAUGGCUUCAAAGCGGUGCAUUAGGGGGCAUUUUGUUUCUGACAAACACAUCUCUUCUUUUUAAAUGUGAUGUAAGACUUGAAAGAUUAAUGUUUGUUGGUUAUUUAAUAAAUGAGAGGGUUGGAAAACACUCAUUUUAGUUUUAACUUUAGUUACAGCCAUGCAUGUUUCAUUAGAUCUUAGCUUUAAUUGUACAUUUGAAUCAUGUAUAGGAUAUGAACAUAAACACUUGCUCAAUAUUUAAAGAUACAAAUCUUUAAAAAGGUAUGGGGCUUUAUUUAGAAACAAAACUUAAUCAUCCAGGGGUUUUAUUAGUUUUAUAUUUUUGUAAAAUGAUAUAUUUCUUUAACUUUAUGUAUUUUAAUUUGUUUCGACCUUAAUACCGCUAAUUGUAAGUAAUAUGAAUGAUAAUCAAUGAACUGUUUUAAUAAGGCUUUUUAGAGAUAAAAUGAAAGUGAUUUCACAGCAUUUAUUUUGCUAUUCACAAUUGUACACGUAAGCUUUGUAGACAGGCUCAUCAGGCAAGGAAAAUUUCAUCAAACUUCAUAUGUAGAUAUCUUGUACAAAGACAAGCUCCUUGGAAUUGUGAAUAGGAUGGGUGGGGUCAAGGUCACUGUUACUAAAAAUAGCAAAAUGGUCGUAUGCCAUCCGGCGUCGUGCUUAAACCUUUACAUUAGCUCUGCCAAUCAAAGUGCUUCCACCUACAACUUUGAAACUUCAUAUGUAGAAGCACCUUGAUGAGUUCUACAUGCCACACCCAUUUUUUGGGUCAGUAGGUCAAAGGUCAUGGUCAAUAUGACCUGUAAAAUAAUAUCUUCUGACAAGCUUUCAUUAAUUCAAAACUGCACCCGCAGCCGAGCGUUGGCACCCGCUAUGCAGUGCUCUUGUUUUGGUCACAAAUUGAGUUAUUGUAAUAAAACUUCAAACAUAAAUACGUCGUAUUUAGACCUACCUUUAGAUUGCAAUAUUAUCAUUUAUGGGUCAGGUGAGGUUAAGGUAAAGGACAUUUUUAGAAACUACAUGUAUGGAAACAAAUGUUUAUAUGCAAUAACUCCAGACUAAAUUUACAUGAAAUUCAAUAUACUGUUCAGUACACAUGUACAUGUAUAGUACUUUAUAUCCAGACCUUUCCAGGAUUUCAUGGGGCCUACAUAAGGUCAAGGUCACCGUUACUCAAAAAUAGAAAAAUGGAUUAAGCUUAGCUUGAACUGAACAUUUCUGUUUAGGGGCUUCACAAGGUGAGCUUUUUCAAUCACAGACCCAACUUUUGUGAUCACAGACCCAUGUUAGUGUUUGGUUUAACCCUUUGCAUGCUGGGAAAAUUGUCGUCUGCUAAAAUGUCGUCUGCUGAAUUUCUAAAAUUAGCAUUUUCUUUGAAUUUUUUCAAAGGAUACUAUCAUAAUAGCAAACAGUUUGGAUCCUGAUGAGACGCCACGUUCUGUGGCGUCUCAUUUGGAUCCAAACGGUUUGCAAAGGCCUUCAAAAUUUGGUUCCAGCACUGAAAGAGUUAACUUCCCGUUAGAAAUUACGUUUUGACUAAGCAGACAGAAUCCGAUUUUGAUGUUGCUAGUGCCAUAAUUUUAUUAGAACUUUUUGUUAUUGAUUGUUUUGCAGAUUAUUAGGUGGCACUUGAUUCUCUGAAAUAAUUUGGGCUUAUGCAUUGUAUAAUUCACUGGCACAUAUUAUAUAUUGCAUAAUUUUAGUAAUCGGAAGUAGUUUACUUCUUUAUUUUUAUCAGUUUUGUCAACACUAACUGUAUGGUAGUUGAUUGCAAGAUUUUUUUUAAUGGACCACUGCCAACUUAAAAUAACUUUUAGAUAUUUUGGAAGUAAAGUAUGUAUCGUAAAAAAAAAUAAAAAAUAAUAAUCUUUUGAUUUUAUGAAAUAGGUAAAGUAUUUCCUUUAUGUUUAUUGUACUUUUCCUAAAUUCAAAGACAAUUAAUUGACAAUUAAUAUCAUGCUAGGUGUUAAGGUAGCCCCUGUGCUUUAAUAAAAUUCAACCAAUCAACAAUUGUGUGUCCCCAAUUUAUAACUGAUUUUAUAUUUUCUAUCAUGAUUUUACGUUGGACAAGUUUUUUUAUAGCAAAAGUGCUCUUUUGCUGCUAUACAUUCAAAUGAAUUUUCUGUAUCAAAUUAGUCUUUCUUUUAUUUAUUUUUUUGCAUGCAGAACAUGAUUGUAUAAAUAACCAGUUAUACAUUUUAUUAGGAGUUUUGUUUGUCUAUUAGCAUGUCUUUGUACAAAAAAAUGUUGCUUUAGUCUUAUAACAAUUGGGAUAUGUGAUAUGUGGCAUUUAUAUAGUGAUAUGUAUGUACAGCUAGUUGUUGUUAUGUCUUAAAGUAUGAAACCAAUUAGUUUUGGAAUGUUUGUGUUUGCGCUAAAAGCAAAAAAAAUAAUAACAUGAAAAAGACAUAAUGAUAUUUAAGAAACUGAGUUGCUUUUUAUAUGCAUGUCACAAUGUUUUAAGUACAUAAUGUUCUUUUACUACAUGUUUUUACUUAUUAUAUAAAAAUACCAUGCUUUUAUAGUAAAAUAUAUAUCAAGUGUGU